UUAAUGCUUUUCCAUAUCGUCCUGGUUUUCAAGCAUGUUCUUCCCCCUCUAGAACUUCCCCACUCUCUGUAUCAGUUUUAUCUGAUUCUUUCGUCUCUAAUACUUUUAAUAUUACUGGAACACUAACGAAACCCAUUACCCCAGAUUACUUACUUUAUAUUAAAUAUAUUGAUAUUACUGUUGUGCUUCCUGCAGUUUUAAAUCAGGUCUUUGUUACGCAAAUUCCAACUGGAACCUCAGUUAAUGUAGUAGAGAAGGUUUCGGUGCCAGAUGGUUUACCGAUAAAUCUAAACCACCUGAUGUUAUAG